AAGAAACAAACAAACAAAACAAGAACAAAAAAUGAAAAUUCAAACAAGGCAUAUCUUGGUGGUGGUGGCGGUGGUGAUAAUAAUGGUUUUUAUGAGCUCUUUUAAUGUAGAGGGAGGAGGGAGAGGGAUACACAGCCAAGAUCAAAGACUUCACCAUGUUCAAAAAGGCACAUCCGUAAUUCCAUCAGCAAGAGGAGUAGACAACCACCAUAACAUUCCAAGACAAAACUAUGACAAUUGGGGUGGCAAAGGAGGAGACGGUGGUGGCGACGAUGGAACCGGAUAGAAAGACACAAGACAAGACAUGACUGAGACAAGGAAGCGCCUAUGACAGAGUAUGUCAGUAUGUGUGUAUUUGUAAAGAGUCUGAUGUGGCUUCUGACUUGUAUUCUGUGCUUUAUGUGAUGUCUAUAUAUGUAUCUUUUGAUAUGGGGGUGUUUAUAUAUAUGUUUAUGGUUAUGUGAAUGUGAUGUAUGAAUGGCACUCAAACUCAUAAGAAGUGAGUCUAUGAACAGAAAGUAUUGAUUACGUGUAUUUGAAAUUAGUAAGUUUAUCAGCAAAGCUUGU